AUGGCUGCAGACGUGGCAGCUCCGGCCGGGAGUGAGGCAGCGCGAUGGAAGUACAUUGACAGAAUCCGCAAGGUCGCGGGCCCCUAUACCGAUCCCGAUGCCAUCUCAGAACCGUCUCUUCAAAUGUUUAGCAACUUCAAGGUCCUUGGUGCUGGCGGCUUAGGAUGUGAAAUUCUCAAGAAUCUAGCCAUGUCCCAAUUUAAGGACAUACACGUUAUAGAUAUGGACACGAUUGACAUUUCUAAUCUCAACAGACAGUUCCUUUUCCGCAGCUCCGACGUGGGCAAAUACAAGGCCGAAGUGGCCGCGCGCUUCGUCGAGCAGCGCGUUAAAGGCGUCUCCAUCACGGCGCACAACGUCCGCAUCCAAGAUUUCGACGCCAGCUUCUACCAGCAGUUUCAGCUCGUCGUGUGCGGGCUCGACAGCAUUGAGGCGCGGCGCUGGAUCAACGCCAUGCUCGUUUCCAUUGCCGACGAGGCCGGCGACGCCGACGGCAUCAAACCCCUCGUCGACGGCGGCACCGAGGGCUUCAAGGGCCAGGCCCGCGUCAUCCUCCCCACCAUUACCUCUUGUAUCGAGUGUCAACUCGACAUGCACGCCCCGCGUGCCGCCGUUCCGCUCUGCACUCUUGCCGCCAUUCCCCGCCAGCCUGAGCACUGCGUCGAGUGGGCUCACGUCAUCGCCUGGGACAGCGAGAAGCCCUUUCCCCAGCUAGACAAGGACGACCCAGCGCAUGUCUCGUGGCUGUACGAGAAGGCGCUUGCGCGCGCCCAAGAGUUUGGCAUCUCCGGCGUCACAUACGCUCUCACGCAGGGCACCAUCAAGAACAUCAUCCCCGCCAUCGCCUCCACCAACGCCAUCAUCGCCGCCGCCUGCUGCAAUGAGGCCUUCAAGAUUGCCACCACGGCAGCGCCUUGCCUCGGCUUCGACAGCAACUACAUGAUGUACUCGGGCAACGACGGCAUCUAUACCUACACCUUCAAGCACGAGAAAAAGGACGACUGCCCCGUCUGCGGCAACGAAGCCCGCCCGCUGCCCGUCGACCCCCGCCUCACCCUGCAAGACCUCCUUGACUCGCUCGCCGUCCGCCCCGAGGCCCAGCUUAAGCGACCCUCAAUACGCGCCGAGGGAAAGACGUUGUACAUGCAGUCCCCCGAGGGCCUCGAGAAGCAGACCCGGCCCAACUUGGGAAAGACGCUCACGGAGCUCGGGCUCGAGGAUGGGCAGCAGGUCGUCGUCACAGACACGGCGUAUCCACUCGAGUUUAACUUUUUCCUCAAAUUCUCGGCGUAG